AUGGACAAGGAUAAGAUCGCCAAGCUCCAAGCUCAAGUUCGAAUCGGAGGUAAAGGUACUCCCCGACGAAAACAAGUCAAGAAGUCAGUUACUGCUUCUCAAGGAGAUGACCGAAAGCUUCAAGCUGCUCUUAAGAAAUUAGGCGUUCAACCUAUUACCGGUGUAGAGGAAGUCAACAUGUUCAAGGAAGAUGGUAAUGUCUUACAUUUCGGUGCUCCAAGAGUCCACGCCGCUCUCCCUUCCAACACACUCGCAGUAUACGGACCUGGCCAAACCAAAGAGCUCACCGAACUCGUUCCUGGAAUCCUCAACCAACUUGGUCCCGACUCACUUGCCAACCUCCGAAGAUUAGCUGAAUCUUAUCAAUCUAUGACCGCUCGUCAAGCUGCUGCCGCCGCAUCUGCAGGUGGUGCAGGAGCUGAUAAAGAAGGUGAAGUAGGUGGAGAAGGUGACGAUGAAAUCCCCGAUUUGGUGGAAAACUUUGAUGAAGCUGAUGGUGAAAAGAAAACCGAUCUUGAAGAAUUAGAGUAG